AUGUCAGAAGAAGAUUUUUCGAAAAUUUAUUUACAAUUACGAAAUUUUUAUAUUGAACUACAUACCAUGUUUGGAAUUUCACAAGAAAACAAUCAAGAAAGCCACACAGAAUUGAAUUCAACUUUCAAGAUUCGAAUGGCUUGCCAUGGACUCUCUACCAAACAAUUACAAGAACAUUUGGAUUGGAUUUCUAUUGCAACAUCAGAAAAUUCUUUUCAACAAGAGGAACAACAGAAAGAUAAAGAACAAUUAAGUGAAGAAAUUCUCUGUAACAAAAAUAACAAACAAAAUAUACAAGAAAAGCGUGCACAACCAUUCAAAUUAACUCCUCUUCAAAGGUUUUCAUGCCACUCUCUUGCUAUGCAAUUACUAAAAAAGGAGUAA